GUUAAAAAGAAUUUAGGGAAUUCAGAAACUUGCUAGCAUUAAAAACUCUGACAACUGGAGCUGUUUCAAGUGUGAUCCUGAGCAAAUUUCUAAGUUUCACAUCACCUGCCAUGUAUUGCAUGAGUAUACUAAUAAACAAUUGAGAGCUGCAGUUGCUACAAGAAAUAUGUUCUUAGUAAAAGAUGACUUUUCAACUUGUUGCACAAAACGUAAGCGCCGCAAAUCCGCUGAUUCUGACGAUGAAAACGAUGAAUUCCUACCUACCAAGAUGAAAAAAACCAAAGCGAAAUCCUCUACGAUCAAUAAAGAUGUCAUUAAAGCACCAGCGCCUGCUAUACUUAAGCGUGCAUUAACCACACUCAAUGCUGAGCCGAAAAGUGGCCAAAAGAAUGUAUUCCAACGUUUACAACUGCAAACUUCCUAUGCAGUACCAUCUAACAAUUCCGUGUUGAAUUUUCAUCUUUCGCCCGUUGGUCAAUGCCAGCCAGAUCCAAACCUACCAUCGCUCGCGCAACUGAUGCCUUCCAUAUUGCAAUCGAUGGUACCUGCUGCCGCCAGCAAUAAUUCACAACCCAUGCGGAUACAAUAUCAACCUCUACGACCAGACUCUGCUCAACCAUCUUCAAUACACGUAGUCAAUCCGAAACCGAGUAUGAAAACCGCCUGGUUGUCGAAUACAGUCGCAUCUGUGAAGAUACAAGCGCAGUCUUUGAUUAGGGAAGCGGAUGGCGUCAAGAAAUCGAUGAGUACUGUAAAGAACUACGCGGAUCUCGCCAAUUUGCACAACCGACUGCAGAGGGCGAUGGCCGAGUGCACAAAUCGUUUAAUUUAUACCCGGAAAGAAAUGCACAAUAAUUUCUUGAAGUACCUGAAGUCCAAUCACGUCUCACAUUCGUCGGUUCCCAACAAUAUUAGCGUCCAGCCUGGUCAUCCAAAGGCUAAUUCUGUUUUAAAGAUCAGAAAGAACUUUGCUGCUAAAUCCACGACAAAAGCUGCUAGUAGUGUUGUAACGGCCGCGAUUGAUUUGUGUGAUGAUGAUGACGAUGAGGUAAUUCCUUCUGAAUCCGUUAAAACCACUUUAGAAAGUGGGAAUGACGACCCUUUGGCAAUUAGUGAUGAUGACGAUGAUGAGGAUAGUAUGGUUUCGCAAGCGUAUUUAUUUACCCCGGAGGUUGCUUUAUCAGUUGGCGAUGAGUUGGUUACCGAUCCAGUUUUGGACCUGACUGAUGAUCAACUUCCACCUCCACCUGUUGAAUCCGAGUUACCCACACAAAAUGGUAGUAUUAUUGAUAAUUUUAUCAAUGAAAACAGGGAAGCCAAGUAUGAUACUUCAAAAAUGUCAUUAAAAGAAUUCAAGCGGGCCAUAUCUGCAAAAAUAAUUUUAUGUCGCGAUGAUUUAACAAAGUUGAAAAGUUCUAAAAUCGAAGAAAUUUCAACCUCGAAUGAUAUUGAAAUUGUAGAUGAGUCGGCGGGGGCAUCGUCUGGUUUUGAUUUUGUGCGAGAAAUGCAGAACGAGAUUCAGUCAGUUUCCGUUCGUGGCAUUGACGCCAGCCCGCCUGAUUCAUCGAAAAUAAACUCACCCCCAAUCAUUGCCGAUAUAGCUCAAUCAUCGAAAAACAACGAGGAUCGGGUGCCAGGCAUCGACCUGGCCCUGGAGGCCAUUAAACAACUCACGGAGACCAUUACUGAGACAAUCACCGAAUCCAAGAUGGCGGAGGACAUUGACAGUAAUGAUAAUGUGAAGUGCCAAGAACCUACAGGUACGGUUAGUGAUAAACAAAACCCGACAUCUUCAACCGGCAAUUGUUCAGUUGAAGCACCCGAAAAGACAACCCCUGAUAAUGAAAAGUGUGCAGAAUUAGAGACUUUUAAAAGUGAUGUUAACCAAGAUGAUCUAUUAGAGCAUCCAUCUUUAAACGUCACACCUCCUGCCAUAUGUUUGGAAGACAUGGUGAAGAUUUACGAUGCAUGUGAAACGACUAUCGAUGGUGACAUGGUGCCGGCCGACUAGAUGUAUUCAAAUAAUUUUUACCAGGUUGAUAAUCUCAUUGAAAGUACGAUUUUUUUAUACAUUAAAACUCUUUCAAACUUGAGUAUUUAUAGUUAUGUUAAACGUUGUUAGUUGAAUUAGAUGUAAAGAGAGAGUUAAUCGUCCCACAUUACUUCAAUUUUUAAGCUUACAUAUUUAAUUGACAGUUAGUUGGGUUUUGGGCAUUGCCUGUUUAUAUUUUAUUUUUUAUUUAAACAUUUAAAAAUAACAUCAACAGAGAUUUAUAUGUAAAAUAUGAACGCCGGUUUGAUACGCUCCUUGUUUUAAGUUUACUUGUCAUGAAAUCGCAUUAAAAGAUAAAAUUCACAAAUUA